AUGCACCCGACGAACCUGGAGGCGGGGCCCGAGCAGGAGGCGCCGGCGGAGGCGGUGCCCUUGGCGGCUGCGGCGCCGGCUCCGGUCAAGAAGAAGCGGAACCUGCCCGGGACGCCAGAUCCGGACGCCGAGGUGAUCGCGCUCUCGCCGGGGACGCUGCUGGCCACGAACCGCUUCGUGUGCGAGGUGUGCGGCAAGGGCUUCCAGCGGGACCAGAACCUGCAGCUGCACCGCCGAGGCCACAACCUCCCCUGGCGGCUGCGGCAGCGCGGGCCGGGCGCGGCCCCGCCGCGCCGCCGGGUGUACGUGUGCCCCGAGCCAGGCUGCGUGCACCACUCCCCGGCGCGAGCCCUCGGGGACCUCACCGGGAUCAAGAAGCACUUCUGCCGAAAGCAUGGGGAGAAGCUCUGGGCGUGCCCGCGCUGCGGCAAGCGCUACGCCGUGCAGGCUGACCUCAAGGCGCACGCCAAGACCUGCGGCACCCGCGAGUACCGCUGCGACUGCGGCACGCUCUUCACCAGACGGGACAGCUUCGUGACGCAUCGCGCCUUCUGCGGCGCUCUCGGGGAGGAGACCUGCAGGGUGCUGGCGCCACCGGCGCCGCCAUCGCCUCGGCCGCCUGAUUUGGAGGCUGAGGAGAAUGUUGACAAGGACAUCGACAAGGGGGAGGAGGACAAUGAGGACUCUGCCGUGGCCGAGGUGGAGGAGCCUCAGCGUGUGGAGGUGGUGCCAGAGGAGCCACAGCGCAUUCCAUCUCCACCUCCAUUGCCACAGGAGCCACCGCGCCGCCCGUCUCCACCUCCAUUGCCACAGGAACCACCGCGCCCCCCGGCUCCACCUCCAUUGCCAAAGGAGCCACCGCCCCGGCUGUCCCCACCUCCUUUGCCAAAGGAGCCACCGCGCCUGCUGUCCCCACCUCCGUUGCCAAAGGAGUCACCACGCCGUCCAUCUCCACCGCCAUUGCCAAAGGAGCCACAGCGGCUUCCAUUUCCACUGGAGCUGCAGCCAGUUGUGGCAUUGGUGCCAAAUUUGGAUGAGCCAGAGGUGGUUGCUGUGCCAACUGUGACUGCCAAAUUAGAGGAUGAAGCCGAUCAAGAUGAAGAUACCUGUUUCCAGGAAGCAGAUCAGUACAAGGAUGCUGAGCUUGAGGUCUCCAAUCUGCUGGACAAGGACACCCCAAUGCUUCCUUGCUUCCUCCCCUCUCCCUCAGAAGCCAUUGGCACUGAUGGAAGCAGCACAACCUGCGGUGCAGGUGGCAGCGUUUCCAAUUCCAUUGCGCCAUCGACAACCACCAACACUUUCGCUGGUCUGUUUGCGUCAGCUACAACAAGCACCACUUCCCAGAGCAGAUCUCUGCGCGAUCUCAUUGGUGUCGAUCCCACCUUCCUUUGCCUUGCAAUUGGAUCACCCUCGAUGUUCCCGCAGACGAGUGCAAGCAAUUCAGGCACCUUCGCUCCGCCUCCAGCGCCACACAUGUCCGCAACAGCGCUCCUGCAGAAGGCAACAGAGGCUGGAGCCACGCAGUCAAGCUCAUCCUUCUUGAAGGAGUUCGGGCUUGCCUCUUCCUCUUCGUCAUCACCUCCAUCAAAGCAGCUACCACAAGGAAGGAUCGCUGAUAUCGGUGCGGAUCCAUGGCAGCACCGGAGGAACCAGCAAAUGGAGAUGGAGCGUCACCAGAGUCAUCAACGGAGGGAGAUGGAGUCCAGUUCACAACCAUGGCACCCCCGUGGUACCCAGCAAAUGGAGAUGGAGCUCCACCACCGGAAUCAUCAACAAAGGGAGCUGGAGUCCAGUUCGCAACAAUGGCACCACCACCGGAAUCAUCAACAGAGGGAGAUGGAGUCCAGUUCGCAACAAUGGCACCACCACCAGAAUGUCCAGCAGAUGAUGGGGUUGGAGAGCUACCGGAGUAAUCAGCAAAUGCAGAUGGAAUCCGGUUCGCAACGAUGGCUGCACCACAGGAGCUAUCAGCAGCAAAUGGAGAUGGAUUCCAGUUUGCAACGGUGGCCGCACCACAGGAGCAACCAGCAGCAAAUGGAGAGGGAGUCCAGGGCGAUGCUAUCUGGGGGUCUCGGCCUUGGCCUUGCAUACGAAAGUGGAAACUCAGGUUUGCCGGACCUGAUGAUGGGACCAUCACCACUGUUCGGUCCUAAGCCUGCUGCAACGCUGGACUUCCUUGGGCUUGGCAUCGGAGGGACCAUGGGCGGCUCCACGGUUGCCAACCGUGGCCUCCCGGCAUUGAUGAUUGGAGGAGAGCUGGACAUGGGGUCUUCGGCACAGGUGCCUGCGCCAUGGGAGGACGCCAAGAGGAAGACCAACAACGGCCGCACGAUCCUGUGA